UCACUGGGGUCCAGCACGACUCUAGGUUGAUUGAGAGUGGGGAUUUGUAUGUGUGUUGUAUAGGGAGGACGGAGAAGGCUGAUGAUGAUAUGCACUUAUACUUAUCUGAGGCUAGCAAGAGAGGAGCUUCUGCUAUAGUAGCUAGUAAAGAAGUUGUUAUUAUUGGGCGUAACAAAGCGUUGGUCAUUGUAGAUGACACUGAUGCGGCUCUUCCCAUCUUGUCGGCUAUCUUUUAUAGGCAUCCGUCUAAGAAUAUGUCUGUGAUUGGCAUCACAGGAAGUAAUGGCAAGACUACUACCUCAUACUUGAUUAAGUCAUUGUAUGAAGCUAUGGGGUUAAGGACUGGGAUGCUGAGCUCAGUGGCUUACUAUAUUCACGGAGAUAAUAAGAUGGAGGAUUUAGAGCCCCCAAUUGCAACCUCUGAUUCUCUUUUGGUUCAGAAGUUGAUGGCUAAGAUGUUGCAUAACGGAACAGAGACUUUGGUGAUGGAUGCUUCUGGUAGUUGUGAUGAAGUGGUCGAUUUUGAUAUUGCUGUUUUUACAAAUCUUACUCGGGACCAUUUGGAUGAUUUCCACGACGAAGAUGAUGAUGAUGAGGAGGUGAAGCAUAGGAGGAAUGCUAUUGCUAAAUUGUUUACAAGGAUGGUUGACCCUGAGAGACACCGCAAAGUGGUGAAUAUUGAUGAUCCAAAUGUGGCAUUUUUCAUAUCACAAGGAAAUCUUAGCGUGCCGGUCGUGACCUUUGCAGUGGAGAACAAAAAGGCUGAUGUCCACCCCUUGAAAUUUGAGUUGUCCCUGUUUGAGACAACAGUAUUGGUGAACACACCUAAGGGCAUAUUGGAGAUUUCUUCCGGAUUGCUCGGGCGGCAAAGUGUCUAUAGCAUACUUGCAGCUGUGGCGGUUGGUGUUGCCGUUGGGGCACCUUUAGAGGACAUUGUUAAAGGUGUCGAAGAGGUCGAUGUGGUUCCUGGUAGGUGUGAAUUGAUUGACGAGGAACAAACUUAUGGAGUUAUUGUGGAUCAUGCUCAUACUCCUUGUUCGUUAUCUACACUUCUUGAUUACGUUAGAGAGCUAAGUCCACGGAGGAUUAUCACUGUAUUUGGCUGUGCUGGUGAGAGUGAUAGGGGGAAGAGGCCCAUGAUGACAAAAAUAGCUACUGAUAAGAGUGAUAUAACGAUUUUGACAUCUGACAAUCCAAAGAAUGAAGAUCCACUGGACAUCUUGGAUGACAUGUUGGCUGGUGUAGGGUGGAGUAUGCAGGAUUAUUUGAAAUAUGGAGAGAAUGAUUAUUACCCACCACUCCCUAAUGGCCACAGACUCUUCCUUCAUGAUAUCAGACGUGUAGCUGUACGCUGUGCAGUUGCAAUGGGUGAGGAUGGUGACAUGGUUGUAGUUGCUGGUAAAGGCCAUGAGACGUACCAAGUAGAAGGUGAUAAGAAAGAGUUCUUUGACGACCGGGAAGAAUGUAGAGAAGCCCUGCAGUAUGUUGAUGAGCUUCAUCAAUCUGGGAUUGACACUAGUGAAUUCCCAUGGCGGCUGCCAGAGAGCCAUUGAUAUGAGGCAGGAAAGUUGCUGGAUCUCGACGACGAGAGAGAGCCUGGUAAUGAAACUGGAGCCAUGAGCAAUCGUGUAAUGGACGGUUUGAAAAUCAAGGAGGAAAAGAUUUAACAAUGUUGCUGUACAACUGCCCAAAUCAAAGAAAUGGAAGUACUAAGAGAAUAAAUAUGUGAUUGGUGAUACACGGCGCGUCCUUUGUAAACGCCAACAAGAUCUCCAUUGUUGACGAAUAAAGAAGUUAAUAUCGCUUUCACACAAAUGAUAUUGUUAAGGGGUCCUAAACUUAUGUUGACAUGAAAUGUAUGUUCUCUUCCCCAAGUACCGAGGAGAUACGGGAUAGAAAACACCUGAGAAACACGUAAAUAUUCAAGAAUAUAAAGAUAUACGUAGUACUUCGUAUUUUUAUACUCCCUCCGUCCCGAAAAGGUUGGCCAAAGUUGACUUUCACGUGGAUUAAUAAAGUAAAAACUGUGUGGUUGAAAUUUGUGCAGAGAACAGAGAAUUAAUUUUAGCCACAUAUUUCUUACUUUAAAUGGAAAUGACAAAUCUAGUUUUUCACCCAUGCAUUGCACGGGAAUUGAUUUAUAUGCACAUGUAUAAAGUAAUUUGAUAUAUGCGUUAUAUUUUAUAUUCUACUUUAAGAGUGUAGGUAAUAUCGGAAGACAGAACAUAAAGUUGAAUAUAAAAUAUAACGUAUAUAUCAAAUUACUUUAUCAAAUAUAACGUAUUAAAUUACUUUAUAACGCAUUUCUCCAAUUUCAUACUUGACUCCAUGUACCAAGGUACUAUAUUGUUUUAUUAAUUUCAUUCCCCGGAUAUGUUCAAAUGUUAAGGUCAUAUGAAAACCUUUAUCAUAUUUCAAACGAAAAGUAAUAAGUCUAUAACAGUUUAGGGAUGGGGGUAUAGAAUUAUAAAUACAUCAUUUUUCUAUUAUAUAUAUAGUUUCAGAAAAUUGAUUUAUUAUGCUAUUCUUUGUAUGUUUUUUUGUUAUUAUUGUGUAUUAUAUAUAUGUUACUUGGAUAUUACUGUCCACAUGUAGGAUGUUUUUAAUCCUCCCCCAAGUGUGGAGUUCUCGACUUUCCUAUUUGCUGCAAUCUACAUCCUACUGAGGUAAUGUUAUGUUCAUUUUAAAUCAUACGGAGUAUACUUUUUCCCCACAUACAAAUAUACAAUACAAGACAUAAUGAUUCAUUUUAUCUAAGAAUUUAUGUUAUGAUUGCUUUAAGUUCACGCUGGUAUGAACUUUUGUUUGGCCUGAUCUCGAAAUAUCUAUAUUUAGGGGUGCAAAAAACUGACUCAACCAUAUAAUCGACCUAACCCGAAUACCCGAUCAAUGACAUUGGUCCGGGUUAUAUUUUUAAACUGACCGGUCAGUGUUAAAUACCCGACUCGAGCACAAAAAGUUUGACUUUUAUUCGGGUUCUAAAGUUUUAAGUAGGACCCAGAAUGAUAAAACAUAUUUAAUUAUUAACAAACUAAAAUGUAUAUGUAUAGGGUGCGUUUUUUUAAAUGUCAGUGUGUGCAUUUAUUUUUCCACAUAUAUCUGUGCAUAUAAAUAGCAUCAAUUUUCUUGAAUGUGUAAAUACCAUCAAUAUGUUCAUAUUUAGAAAUUAGUACUCCGUAUUUAUUACUAUAAAAUAUAAACAUAAAAUGCAACACAUUUCUAAUAAUAAAUUGCAUUAUCAAACAUCACAACGCCCACUGAGAAGAAAUCUCAUAAAUCCACUAAAAAGUUGAAUAAUAGACACAAUUUUUCAUCAUGGAAUCCCAUGGGAAAAUCGGAUAUCCAAAGCUUUCGUUAAUUAGGGAAAUGAGUUUCAAAAUUCUUUUUAAUUACGCAGUCCUAAAAUGGGAAUUUAAGGUUUCUGGUUUUCAGUGUAUUAUCUUGAUCGUCCUAUUUUAGAUUGAAUAUUUUAGAUUGAAUGAAUAUGAUAAAUCAAGAUACACAAUAUGCAUAUGAGAAUUGUUUUGUUAAAUUGUUAACAAUAAAUUUUUUGGCAUCGAUAUCAUAGAUCGAUUCAUGUUAGCCGACCCCAAAUUCUUUUGGGAUUAAGUCUUGGAUGUUGUUGUUGUUAACAAUAAACUACAGCACCGUUCUUCUCUCUCUAGGGUUACCUUAGGGUAACACCUACUCUUUGUCCGCCGCCAGCUGCCCUGGCUGUCGUCGGUGGCUGUGUUGGAGUGCGAGUUUUUCUAUCGAGCUCUUCGGGGCUUCGCUUUGGUUGGAGUUUUAUUUCGUUCGAGGAGUUCAGUCGCGGAAGGAGGAGCGUUGGAGAUUUCGGCGUGAUCUGUCAAAGUCGGCCUCCACGAAAGCUUCAUUUUGUUGCAGGGGUUUCGUGCUGUGAAUGGAGUGUUUUGUAUACAAAUACAAAAACAUGGCGAUAGGGACGGAGGAAGAAGAUCUGGAUUUCAGUACGAAAGACGUUGCGGUAGAGAAAAGCAGUCCGGGGUUUCAGGUGGUAGGAGUGCUACUGAUUUUUGAGGCUGAUGAACGGCGGGUGUGUCCCCCUCCCAAGCCGCCGCCAUGGCCGCAGGUUCGAGGGACGAUUCGAGUUUUCUGGAUGAAUCAGAAGUCUUUGUUUUCUUUUUGUUUUGUUUGCGGUUUCAGAGAUUGUUAUUUCUGCUUUGUUGUUUGCUUUUGCCUUUGUGUUCCUGUUUGUAAGACGUUGAUUUUGGAUGUGGACGAUGAGAGGAAUAUGGUGACCGUUUAUGGCUUUAAGUUUCCCACUUUUGGAUCAACGAAUUAUAUUGCUUCUUUGGAGGUGAUCAAUUCCGAGUCUGGUUCACGGGACAACGGUUGUCAUAUUUCUUUUUGUCAUUUGACCCAUACUCUGAAUUAUCUGUUAUCAAUAUAAGUCGAAUUCUUCCAAAAAAAAGGUUUCGGGUUUUCAAUUUAUAUAAACUCACUAGUCCUGCCUCACUAUUCUUUACAUUCGUUUUUAAGAACAUUUAAUUUUGAAAAUCUAAUUUAAAUAAAUAAAUACAGGAUUGUUUCAAAUAAAACUGUUUUCACAUUUUCUUAAUACUUUAUAGCCAUUUGAAACACUUGAUUUAUCAAAUACACCCUCCAUCCUUUAAAAUUUAGGAAAAAUUCACACUAAUAAUCCAACAUAUCGACACUCUUCUAUUGUUAAUCCCUUCUACCGGUUAUUCUAAAUUAAUACCAAUCAAGGGGUAAACCUUCCCCAAACACUCUCACGCAUAGGCAACCAGCUAACCCGGUUAAUUUUAAAAAUCUGUAACUAACAAAAGGUCAUAGCUCUCAAACCUGAUCUCCCUGAACGCAUUCUCCACCCCAUAAACUUCUCUCGCUAGAGGAAGGUCUGACCGCCAUAUCCAGCCGUCAAAGGAUUAAAAGCUUUGGUACCCGGUCUUAUACACCGCUGCUCCAAUUGCAAGAAAAUAGUAAGCUUCUUCGUUGUGGUUACCCGUGUAUAGUUGGGGUUAUUGUUCGUGUAUAACAUUAUUGGGGGAAGGGGGAUUUAGGGUUGAUGUGGUUUAGUUCAUUUCAUUUGGUUUUGUGGUGUUAAUUAUGUUUGUUUGUUAAGAUUUAGGACCUCAUAUCUUUGUGUUUGUUAACAUAUUAGGUAAUACAUGACACUCAUGUCAGUUUGCGCAUAUGGCAUGGGGGUAUGUUUAAGAAGAAGAACAUGGGAACACUAGAAUACGCGGGAGGUGAAUCUAGGACCUUUGAUAUAGAUGCAGAUGAACUGUGCUGGUUUUGGUUAGAAGAGUUGGCUAAAAAUGUGGGGAUUACUCCACAAUAGAUGCCAUUUACUACAUGAUAGAGUAUAUAGACUCGGACCCCCGGGUCUCACGACUAUUGGGCCCGGACAGCGGCCCACACACAUCUUACGAAUAUCAUUUGUAUUAUUGUACUGCUUAUAUGUCAUUUGUAUACUAGAUUAGUCUUUUAUGUAGUUGGGCUACCGGGCCCAUAUUAGCGGCCCGGCCCGUUAUUCCUCUAUUUAUACUCCUUUUGGAGCUUGUAAACCCUAGAUCCCAAUUCAUUAUCAUUCUAUUAUUCAUCUUCUCCA